UGCGCCCGCAGUGAAAUAGAUAAAGAAUUAAGGCAUUGUAGCGCCAAAUUAAUAGGAACCUGCGGAUAUUACGCGAUUAUCAGUGCGCUUUUAAGUGAACGCUAACACUACGCCAUCAAAAUGAUGAACGAGGCAGCCCUGGCCAACAUGAUUCCGUACGACACAAUUGGACUCUAUGAGCAGCCGAAGCCCCGAUUUAUCUUCAAGAUGCCACGCGUGGUGCCCGACCAGAAGUCCAAAUUCGAGAGCGACGAGCUGUUCCGACGACUGAGCCGCGAGAGCGAGAUCCGCUACACGGGCUACCGCGAGCGAAGUAUCGAGGAGCGCCAGGUGCGCUUCAUGAACGGCUGUCGCGAGGGACACACGGAGACCAGCUUUGUGGCCUCUGGCACAAACCUGCAGCUGGUGUUUAACGCCAACCAGAAUCCCUAUCUGCACGACAAGGAGUGCGACUUCGACAAGGAGCAUGGAAAAGUGCACAUCAAGUCGUACUUCAUAAUGAACGGCGUCUGUGUUCGCUUCCGGGGCUGGCUGGAUCUGGAGCGUCUGGAUGGCGUUGGCUGCCUGGAGUACGACGAACGCCGUGCCAUGCACGAGGAUGCCAUUUUGCGCGACCAGAUCGACCGCUACAACCAGCGGCUACGCGAAUUUGAGGACACCAAGCGUGCCUAUCGCGAUAAUCGGCAGGACGAGAUGGAGGCCGUGCGCAGGGGCGUCGCCUCCGGCGGCAUUGGUGUGGGCGCCAGCAUGUGGCGACGUUAGUUGGACCUGUGGACGGCGCCAGCGCCGUCCCUCCAACACGACCACGAACAGCAGCAGCAGCAGCAAGAGACUCAAUUUGCAAAUACUCAAUAUUUUAUGGACAACUGAAAAUGCUCCUCCUUCUCCCGGAUACGACUAUGGGGAUAGGCACGCUCGAAUAUCGAAUAUAUAUAUACAUACACCAUAUAUAUGCUCCUAGACUAGUUUUAGCCCUAAUUCGCUUACCUUUACGUAUCGUAUGCUUCUAUGGUAUUAAACAUUACUAUUUAAUGUGAAAUUAGUGUCGUACAUGUAGCUCUUAACUCUUAACUAAAAAUACAUCCACAUAACUAAUCAAGAUUCGACUAAUACUCGUAGUUCUGUGACGCAGCGCACGGAUGUCGUGUCGUCUGGUGUGACGCAUUCUGUUGAUUAAGAAGAAAAACGAAAGACGUCUUUUGUUUUGAAUACCAUUAUAAUAUACAAUUAAUGACACUUGA